AUGAACGAUUUUCCUUUUAAACUUGAACCUUCAGAAAGAAUAUUAUUUUCUUCUUCAUCACUAGGUGAUGCUACCUGCUCCGUUCUUUUGAAAGUCUACAACAUCACUAAUGAACAUCAGGCAUUUAAAAUUAAAUGUACGAGUAAUGAUGUUUUUAGGCUACGUCCACCAGUUACCAUCAUACCACCAGGAGAAGAACCAUUAAAUGUUAACAUUAUCUUUAAUGCUUGUAAGAAGAUUCCUGAAAAUGGUAAACACUUUUUUUUUGUUUAUGGGAUGCCAUGUGAUCCUAAUGUAAAAGCUAGAGUUGCUUUUGGUACAGAGAAAGGGAAAGCUGCAAAGGCAAAAAAAUUAUUUGCUGAUUUUAAAAAAGAACCCUGUGAAAGCGAAAAAAUAUAA